GGGGGGGUGGUGGUUUGCGAGGUCGUUUUUGGGGAUGGCAAUUGGGAGGCCAGUGUGUCACUGGCAAAAAGGAAAUCAAGAACCUAAAUCGCAAUUUUCAGGGUUAAAGCAUGAUGGGAAGAUGCUUAUCAGUUCAAUCAUCAAACCGAAAUGAGCUAAAAUUUCAAACUUUGAAUGGAAUUCAACAGCUAGCUGAAACUUGUCGAUUCAAGGCAUGGUUUCUGGAUCAGUUUGGCGUGCUUCAUGAUGGGAAACAACCUUAUCCUGGUGCCAUUUCGACAUUGGAAAAAUUGGCAACUUCUGGUGCAAAGAUGGUAAUCAUUAGUAAUUCAUCGAGAAGAGCAUCUAUAACCCUGGAAAAAUUGAGGAGCCUUGGAUUUGAUCCAUCACUCUUUAUUGGUGCCAUCACCAGUGGGGAAUUAACACAUCAGUAUCUUCAAAGGAGAGAUGAUGCUUGGUUUGCCUCCAUAGGAAGAUCAUGUAUCCACAUGACUUGGAGUUACAGGGGUGCCAUAUCUCUUCAGGGUCUCGGACUAGAAGUUGUAGAAAAUGUUCAGGAAGCCGAUUUUAUUUUGGCUCACGGAACUGAAGCCUUGGGGCUUUCUUCUGGUGCUGCACUUCCCAUGAAUCUUGAUGACCUUGGGAAGAUACUGGAGCAGUGUGCUGCUAAGAAAAUUCCCAUGGUAGUAGCAAAUCCUGAUUUUGUAACUGUUGAAGCUAGGGCUCUGCGUGUUAUGCCUGGAACAUUGGCAGCCACAUAUGAAAAACUUGGCGGUGAAGUAAAAUGGAUGGGUAAACCUGAUAAGAUAAUAUACAAUUCAGCUAUGGAAAUGGCUGCUGCGGAUGCCUCCGAUUGUGUUGCCAUAGGGGACUCCCUCCACCAUGAUAUCAAAGGUGCAAAUGCAGCUGGAAUUGCAUCAGCAUUUAUUACUGGUGGAAUCCAUGCUACUGAACUUGGACUUAACAGAUUUGGAGAGGUCGCAGAUGAUAAUUCUGUACACGCCCUUGCCUUGAAAAACAAUGCAUAUCCUACAUAUGUGCUCCCUUCAUUUACAUGGUGAAGAAUGUACUAUUUGGGCAAGCCUAGAAUUUUGCAUUGAUGUAGCCAAUUAUCUAUUAAUGCUAUUCACUUUGUACCUCUUUUUUAUUCGAUUGGAUGGUUUGGUUGACCAUCUGUUUUAUCUGAAUUGGUUUUUCCAUUAA